GCUACAGUGAGUGUGGUAAUUCGUGUAUUAAAAGUUGAACUAAAUCGUUAGUAACUUGGUAAUUGUGGCGCCCGUUUAGAGCAAAAAUGUCUUUCUUUGGAAACACGACUUCUACUGGACUAGGAUCAACAAGUACCCCGGCGAAACCGGGCGGCUUUGGAAAUUUUUCGUUCAAUGCACAGACAUCGACGCCUGCGUUCGGAACGACCGUGACCAGUUCGGCGGCGCUGCCGUUCGGUGGCCAAGCUAAUACCAGCACUAGUACCGGUUUCGGAGGCUUCGGAGCUACGCCGGCGGUGGCUCCAGUAGCCGCUAGUACAUCGGCGUUUAGCUUCGGUACCAACACGGCCACGGCAACGCCUGCAUUUGGGUUCGGAACGGCCGUGUCGACGGCUGCUCCGACAUUCGGUGGCUUUGGAACGGCCACUACUUCGGCCAACACCGGCUUUGGAGGAUUUGGUGGAACCACAACUACGAGCGCUCCUGCUUUUGGUGGGUUCGGUGGGUUUGGAACGACAGCGACUAGCUCGGCACCUUCGCUGUUCGGUCAGACAAACACAAAUACCGGAACCGGUUUCGGUGGUUUCGGCGCAACCGCCUUCGGUACAGGCAGUGCCUUUGGUCAACAGCAAGCGGUCAAUACUGGUGGCUUAGGUUUUGGUCAGAGUUUCCAACAACAGCAGCAACAACAGCCUCCGGCUUUAACACCAGAAGAAGCAUUCGCACAAUCGAUUUUCAACGUGUCCAUCUUUGGCGAUGAGCGCGAUACAGUGCUUGCUAAGUGGAAUUAUCUACAGGCCAUGCUCGGCACUGGAAAGGCAUUUUAUUCACACCACAAUGCGCCGGUGGAGAUAACACCAAGCAACUAUCUGUGUCGUUUCAAGACCAUGGGCUAUACAAAACUGCCAGGAAAGGAAAAUAAGAUGGGCCUCGUUGGUUUGACAACCAAUAAAACCGCUGCCCAAAUAAAAGAUCAACAACAGCAGUUUAUUGCUAGCUUGAAUCAAGUUCUCGGAAACAAACCGAAUUUCGCAAUUACUGUAGACGGCAUCAAACCAGUCGGAGACACCAAAUCGCAGGUCAUCAUAUACAUCGAAGAAAAGGCUAUGAAUUCCAACGAAACAAAAAGAAUUCUAGCUACGGAGGUAGCUAACUAUUUGAAUCAACCAGCACCCAAACAACAGCUGACCUCGCUAGGUAUUGAGAGUAUUGUUGCAUUAGUCCUACCGGAAGAGGAUCAACUGAAAGAAUACCUAGAUAAUCCCCCGAAAGGCAUCGAUCCACGCAUGUGGCAGCAGGCAAAAAUUGACAAUCCAGAUCCAAAACGAUUCAUUCCGGCACCGAUGAUUGGUUUCCAAGAGCUCAAAUGGCGCAUCAAGUGCCAGGACGCCGAAACCGACCUUCAUGUUUCCUAUCUCGCGAAGGUCGAAAAGGAAAUCGAGCAACUAAAGCAAAGACACACUAAUACUACGGCCAAAAUAAUGGAACACCGGCGGAAGUUUGCCGAGCUUAGCCAUCGAAUUCUGAAGAUUAUCGUGAAGCAGGAGAGUACACGCAAAAUGGGACUAACCCUGUCGCCGGAGGAGGAAAUCAUUCGCAGCAAGCUGGAGAAUAUGCACGCGCUGGUUUCCACUCCAACACAGUUCAAGGGAAAACUGAGCGAACUGCUGUCGCAGAUGCGGAUGCAACGCAACCAGUGGGCCCAUGCCGGGGGAGUCAACGAGUACACGCUGGAUAAAGAAUCAUCAGAAGAAAUGAAAAGCUUCCUUACCAUGCAACAGAAAGCGAUGGCUUAUCUGGUGGAGACCGUCAAUAAAGACCUGAAAGAUCUCAAAGUGAUUUCGGAUGGAAUGUCUCGGCUGAUACAGAGCUAAGUUGCUUUGUAAAGGUAGGUCUGUUUUCUUAAAUUUCAAAUUGAGGAAAUUGAAUGAAAUACAUU